AUGGAGAAAUUAUUGGCGAUCUGGUUUGACAACCAGAUGCAAAAUAAUAAGGCACACAGUAUCUUUGAGACUUUGAAGGCACGUGAAGGCGAAAAAUCGACAGAAUCAUUUACAGCAAGCCAUGGAUGGUUUCAACAGUUUAGGCGGAGAUUCAACCUGUAUAAUUGGAGAAUCAGCGGUGAGGCGACAAGCGUGGAUGUAGAAGCAGCAGAAAAAUUUGUUGACGAAUUGGAUGGAAUAAUUAAAAAAGGCAGCUACUGCCCGGAACAGAUAUUCAGUGUGGAUGAAAUUGGGCUUUGGUGGAAAAAAAUGCCUGAAAGAUCCUAUAUGCACAAAGAAGCUAAGGCAAUGCCUGGUUUCAAGGCUUUUAAAGACAGGAUCACGUUGUUGUUGGGAGGGAAUGCCGCUGGGUUCAAGUUAAAGCUUUUCCUGGUCUAUCACUCCGAAAACCCACGUGCAUUAAAGAACGUUAGUAAAAACAGUCUGCCCGUUUACUAUCGUGCAAAUAAAAAGGCAUGGAUGACGCAACCUUUAUUUGAAGAUUGGUUUUUGAACUGCUUCAUACCCUCAGUCCAGCAUUAUUGUUUGAAAAUGGGAGUUCCUUUUAAAAUUAUUCUCCUGCUUGAUAAUGCUUCAGGCCACCCCCGGCAUCUUGAUGAUCUACACCCAGACGUAAAGGUAGUGUAUCUUCCUAAAAACACAACUGCUGUCCUACGGCCAAUGGAUCAGGGCGCAAUAACUACGUUCAAAGCGUUUUAUUUGCGCACAACUUUUUCCCAAGCUGUAGCAGCAACAGAAAAUGACGUAGUAACCCUUUGUGAUUUUUGGAAAUCGUACAGUAUUUUAGAUUGCAUUAAAAACAUUAAAUCAGCUUGGGACGAAGUGACAGAUAAGUGUAUGCAAUGCAUAUGGAAAAAAUGCAUAAAAAGUUUUGCGAACAAUAUUGAAUCGAAUCUUGAACAAACUGAUGUAAUUCAAACAAUUGCGGGCCUUGCCAAUGCGCUUAAUUUAGAUGUUGAAGUGGAAGACAUUGCUGAAUUAGUGGAUUAUGCCGAUGGAGAGCUAACAAAUGAGGAUUUAAUAGAGUUAGAAGCAAUGCAGCAUUUGGAAGAGGAAGAAGAGGAAAGAACUGAAGUAGUGAAAAAGAAAUUCACGGUACAUGGGUUAGCUGGUGUGUUCUCCAAAAUUAAUGUGGCUAUGUUGGAACUUGAGGCUAUGGAUCCAAAUACUGAAUGUUUUAAUAAAGUUGAAUGUGGGAUGAGUGAACUUUUAAAGUGCUAUAGAGAACUUUAUCAACAAAAAAAGAAGAUUACAAAGCAAACCACACUUACAAGUUUUUUUUCGACUGUUACAUUCAGGACCUCCGCCCUUGAAGGUACAACUUCUGUUUCAUCGUCGUCAUCUCCCUUACCUGGACCCUCUACAGCUCCAGAUAACCAAAUAAACAAAUGA